UUUUCAGAUCCCCAAAUCGCAUUCCCGCCAUUCCCGAAAAAAAUUCUAAACCCUAACUCCAUUUCUAUCCGAAAUCACAAAGUGGAAAACAAGAAGAAGAAAUCUGGUUCACCGAGUACCUCACUGACAAUCAGCAGCUAUGAGGCCAUCAUCGAACAGAGGACGUGGUGGUGGUGGAUUUAGAGGAAGAAUAAGUGGUGGAGGUAGAGGUUUUGGAGAUGGAGGUGGUCGUGGUAGAGGAGGAAGAGUUGGAGCUAGAGGCCGUGGUGUUGGUUUCGACAGAGGAGGAGGUCAUGGUUGUGUUGGAAUGAAAGGUGGAAACAAAGUUAGUGUAGAUCCACAUCGACUUGAAGGUGUUUUCGUUGCUAGGGCUAAAGGCAAAGAAGAUGCUCUUGUUACUAAAAACCUGGUUCCUGGUGAAGUCUUUUUUGGUGAAAAAAGGGUUUUAGUUCAGGACGAGUUCAGGGUGUGGGAUCCCUCAAGAUCAAAGUUCGCUGCUGCUAUUCUUGGUGGUGUUGAUAAUCUUUGGAUUGGUCCAAAAACUAGGGUCUUAUAUCUUGGAGAAGCUUCAGGCAAUACUGUCUCUCAUGUAUCUGAUAUUAUUGGACAUACUGGUGUGGUGUAUGCUGUUGAGUUAUCAAAUGAAAGGGGAAGAGAUUUAGUCAACAUGGAAAAGAAGCGCACAAAUGUUAUACCCAUAAUUGAAGAUGCAAGGAAUCCUGAUAAUUACAGAAUGUUGGUCGGCAUGGUUGAUGUCAUUUUCUGUGAUAUUACACAACCUGACCAGGCUAGUAUCUUAGCUAAGAAUGCCAAAUUAUUCCUCAGAAUCAAUGGUCACUUUGUCGUAUCAAUCAAGGUAAAGAGUAUUGUUUCAAAAUCGGUGAUGACAUAUGAGACUGAGAAAGUAUUUGCAAAUGAAUUGUAUAAACUACAGAAUCUCGAGUUCAGACCAACAGAGCAGGUUAAUAUAGAGCCUUACUUUGAUACUGAUCAUGCUUGUGUUGUUGGUCGUUACCGAGUGCCCAAGGUGCCCAAGAUCGUCAAGAAGCACGAGUCCUAUGAUUUCCGAACCGAGUGCCCAAUAUGGAGAGCCCGUCAGCAAGCCGUUCAACAUAGACAUACCAUAUGACUUUAGAAGCUAUGGUUUCAUAGAAUUUUGUUGUGUUGUUUUGACUCAGAAGGAUGAAUGUAUUAAAUUUAGGUAAAAGCAUCCAACGUAGACAGACUAUAUGACUAUACUGUUAAUAUUAGAAGGUAAAGUCUGAAAAACAAAACACUUGUUUCUUGCUUUCUUCGCUGAUCGCUUUGUUUGUUGAUGCUACUGUUAAUAUCAAAUUAAGUAAAAUGUUGAUACUA